CGACGACUUAUUUUGCCUGCGAAAAGCAAAAGACAGCCCAGUCCUAACUCCUAGCAGCAGCAGCGAAGCAGCUCGUAUAGAAAAGAGGGUCGUACGCGAGAAAAAAAACGAGAGUAAAGAACUACCCACACCUACUGCCGUUGCGGCUCGUUUGCUCGCUGAAUUUUUCAUCCGGUACGAGUGUAGCCGUCGUGCCCGGAAAACUCGGGCGUUUCGUAUACACACGUCGGGAAAUUCAUAUACACACUACACAAGUCGUCGUUUUGGCAGUAGAGCUCCAGCCCUUGCGCGAAAAGUAUAAAGCUUCUGAACGAAAAUGUCAGCUGUCAUAGACGAGAGGGUGACAGAUGAAAUUGAGGCUUUGAGGGCUAUUUUACUCGACGAUGAGCUCCAUAUUGCAGAGAACGAUAGGGGUGAACCAGAGUCAAUAGAAACAUUAGUCUUUCCAUCAACAGGAGAAGAUUCACAGUCCCAAUAUGUAUGUGUGAGAUUAAUUGUCGAGCUACUACCCGGUUAUCCUGAUACAAUACCUAUCGUAAAUUUAAGAAACCCUCGUGGUUUGGAUGAAGAGACUGUGAAACAGAUUCAGUCUGACGCUGAUGCUAAAUGCAAGGAUAUUGUGGGUCAGCCAAUGAUGUUUGAACUGAUUGAGCUUGUCAGAGAACAUUUGACAAGAAGCAAUCUUCCAACUGGUCAAUGUGCAGUCUGUUUGUACGGAUUUCGUGAGGGAGAUGAAUUUACAAAAACAGAAUGCUAUCAUCACUUUCAUUCUCAUUGCUUAGCAGCUCACGUUGCAGCAGCUGAACGAUAUUAUAGAGAGGAACAAGAAAAAUUGCCAUUAUGGCAGCAAGAUACAACUAAUAAAUUCCAAGCUCUCUGUCCCGUCUGCCGCGAGUCCAUCAAUUGCGAUGUGAGAAGCUUAACUGGAGCACCUCCUCCAAUCGACGUGGAAGCCGCUACGGACUUUGCCGUGACCCAAGAACUCCUGGACAUGCAGCGCCAAAUGGCUGAGCUGUUUCUGCGCCAACAACGUCGUGGUGGUAUCAUUGAUCUUGAGGCAGAAGGCGUCAAACUAUUGUUGACAACUGAGGACAACUCCAAUGGCUCUGCUGAAGAACCCAGUCCUCCAGGAACUAGUCUUAAUGCAAUCGCUUCUCAGCCGGCUCAAGUGCAGCAAUCGAAGCAACAAAAUCAACAGCAGCAACAGCACAACCAAUCCCAGAACCACAAGGAUGGACAAGCGCGACAAUCUCAUCAACAAAACCAUCAUCAUCAUCACCACGGCCACCAUCGCAAUAGGGGACGCGGCAAGGCCCAUUACCGUCGGCACUUCGACCGCGUGCGCCAGAGCGACCCAGCUCCCAGAUGACAAUGGGCUGCCGGCCAAUAUCAAUACCAACAACUGACCGAGCAGGAACAACAACACCAGCAACAACAGCUAAAACAGCAGCAGCAGAAGAUUGAGAGUAAAGUACUCGAGGGCGCAAUGACGAUGAUGAUAUUAGCUGAAAUAAUGAUAAUGGCGUACGGUAGUAGUCUAUAUCAACUCCUCCUCCUAGCAUGUAUUAACAAUAAUAAUAAUCGUCUUCUACCAGUAAGCGCGGUAAUGAACUUAUAGGUAUUGUUGUUCAGCAACAUUCCCAUUGCUACGGUGUAUAAGAUGGGACGUGUUGGUUACUAUUAUUAUUAUUAUUAUUAUUAUUAUUAUUAUUAUUAUUAUUGCUAUUAUUAUUACCACGUUGAUCACGACGAGGACGCGAACGACUGUCAACGUAGACUGAAUAACGAGCCAUGGUGCUUCUUUUUAAUGCCGUCGGCCGGCGCCGUGACCAGCUGACCGUGUUUUUUCCCACGCGCGCGGUAUAUUUCACGAUAUUGUACACGUACAUACCCAUGUAUACCAUUAUUAUGAUAUACGUGUAUUUGUAAAACUCAAUAGGCAAUUGUGUAAGGAUAAUGAGGUGGGUUUAAAGAAAUUUACUAGGACAAACAAGUGAUGAUGCAUAAUCAAAAAAUAAAUAAAUAAAUAAAAAAAUUUGCAACGUGUUUCGAAAAAUUGUUAUCGGUAUAAAGGUAAAACCAGGCUGUUACGAUAUUAUUGUUGACGAGAAAAAAAACUAAUAAUACGGAACGCGUAUCGAAGAAUAUAAUAAUUAUUUUUUACCUUUUAAUAAAUUUACUGCAGGCGAGCCUCGAUUUUUAAGAGGAUGUGAAGGAGACGCUGUGAUUUUAUACUGAUCAUGGUUUCGUUAUUUCCUAAAACAGAUUUUUUUUUUCAAAUCUACGUUCGGAAUUUGUGGCGUUAUUAAUUACAUAUGUUUAGAUUUUGUAAUAAAUGAGUUAUCAAAACUGAUAUUAUUAUACUUCUAAUCUAAAUCUUUAUUACAUAAAAAUCUGUUGGAUAAGCAUCUUCCAACGAUGAUCAGUAUAAUAUCAAUUGAAUUUUUAUACAACUUUCAUAUCCUUUUAAUAGCCGUAAUGGCUUUGUGUCGAUAAACUGACUUAUCGACUAAAUUUAAUGUCAAUGUGUAUUACUACAAUAAUACGUCUCGUACACGCGCCGCGAUUAUGUUAUAUAUCUUUCAGAAUCAAACGUACAAAGAAGCAUAUAUUGAUCAAUACUUACAAAAAAAAACUUCAUUUUCAAAAUAUAGUCAGCGUGAUUAUCAUAAUUUUUAAUUUGUUUAAACUAUGCUUGACUGUGAUAUUUUCGUGUAGGAGGAUUUUUUUUUAUAUUUUAAGUUAUAUAUUUUUUUAAUCAUUUUUCUCAGAGCAUAUAACGUGUUUUAUUUAGUUUUAUAUCUUAAUUUAGUAUAAUUUACUUCACUUAAAUGAUCAAAUAUCAUAAGCUCCUGAUUUAUUUAUUUUAGUUGUCUACAAUGAUAUCAUUAAAUGAUUAAUUCUGAAAUUGCAUUGAUUAUUACUGUUACAAAUCACUUUGAGCAACUUUGAUAAACUAUUAGUGUUUGAGUGGAUUAAAUCUUUUAAUUUAAAUACUAAUUAAAGUUUACUUUGUCAAAAAGUUUAUGCAAUUCGUUAUCAUGCAAUUAUCCAAUACUGCUUUGAAAAAUAACUUUUGACCAAUUUUCAUUAUAAACAAUAUUACAGUUGAGUUCAAUUCUUGUUCCUUAAUACUUAUUGUGAUGUAUGAGCUUAUGUAUUGAAAACAAAAAUAAGUGGAUAGAAAAGAAAGUAAUUAUUCACAUAGUUAAAGUACUGUACAAACAUUGAGUGUGGGACACUCCCAUAUUAUAUACCGUGCCAUAAAUGUUGCCAAAACUAGAAAAAAUUUUGAUUUUAUCGAUAUCAUCAAUACCUGCUCCGUGCUUGUGAAUGUUGCUUGAUUAAUUAAAUUAAAUAUUCCAUAUCUUACAUAUUUGAAUAUUUCCUCACGAAAGGAGUAACAUAAACUUCGACUUAGAUAAAGCAGAAAUUAGUAGAUUUAUGGAAACGAAUAGUUUAUGUAGCAUGUAUCUUAAGAGGAGGAAGAAUUAAAAUCUAAAGUCAUGUGUUUCUUUUUUAAGUUAACGUUCUUGGUCGUUAAAUUAUUCUGCUGAUUUUCAUAUAUAUAUAUAUAUAUAUAUAUGUGUGUGUGUAUAUAUAUAUAUACACACACACAUUAUGCGUCUUUUAAUUUACUUACGAAAAUUUCGAAAUUAUCCAUCAGAAAAGAAAGAGAGGUUUUAAGAAUGAUUUAUAAUGCUCUCGUACUUUUCUUAUGAAAGAAGAAUUUAUUACUGUAUUUUUCAUCGAAAUUUAAUACUGCGUUUGUAUUGCACAAAGGAAACAAAGAAAAGUAAACGCAAGAGUAAUUUUUGGUUAACUUUACACUUUUGUAAAUGUACCUGCCGCCAUAGGCAAAGCCAUAUAGGUUGUAUACAAAUGUCUAUUAUGACAAUACCAUUGCUGUUUGUUUAAACUCUGUGUAACCGGGUUUUGAAACUAAUAAAAGUAUAAUUAUCGCACACUAA